AAUCCACCGCGGCGCCGCGAGGCCGCAGCGGCGCAAGGGCGUCGCCAUCUAAUCAGUGGGUACUUGUUGCAGCCUCCAUUGAAAGCGGUUAACAGCAACCUUCGCUCACCAGACGCUUCCACGCGGCCACAACUAAACUCCCAGCAGGGGGCCGACACACAGCUAGCCGAAGCAAUGGCGCAGCCGAGACGCGGCGGCUGGACCACCGCCGCGGUCCUAGGCCUCCUCGUGCUGCUCAUGGGCCGCGCGCUCUACGUCCAGAACGAGACGGCGCAGCGCCGCGACGGCUUCAUGAACGGCGACGUGCCGCGCACGCAUUCAUACAAGCGCCACGACGCGAGCGAGCACGUGAACUUUUUUGAUCAGUUCAUGCGGUCGGAAGCCGAGGCGCGGAGCUUACGGGAGCGCGAGGCCGAUCAACAGCGGUGGAAUACCCCCGAAGCACCACCACCAAUACAACAAAAGCCGCUGCAGCGACCCGGAAGGGGCAGCACGCCGCGCGACGAGUGCGCCUUCAUGAUGCAGAAGCAUUCCGUAAUUCCGGGCGCGAACUGGGGCAGCCUCGGGCCGAACGGCCAGCGGCGCUGGACGAAGCUGCGCUGCGACGGCCUCGUUGGAGGUUCAAGGGUACGCGCGCCGCCGCCGCGACACAUAAACGUCCCCGAGCUCGAGACCUGUCCUCCCUCGACGCAAAAUCAGCCUCUGAUCGCGCUCUGCUGCGGGACGACCACCCGAGGUAAACAAGGCUGGAUCACUCCCCAAAGAUUGGACGACCUGGCCGUGUUCCACCACCUCCUCCCGUCCUUCCACCGGACGGUCGAGUGCGGCUUUAGAUAUGUGGUCGUUUUGGGCUACGAUAUUGGUGAUCGAUGGUGGGAUCUCGGCGGCGGCGCCGAGCAAGGGCGACGGUGGUUCCAGGAAAAUAUCAAGAGCCAGCUCGCCGCCAAGAACGUGCAGGUUGAACUAAGAUACGCCGUCGUCGACAACAAAGUCAAAAAGCCGGGCCCGGUGUUCACGGGAAUAACGCGCGAGGCUUUCUACGAAGCCAAGGCCGACUACAUCUAUCGAGUUAAUGAUGAUACGGAACUCGCGACGAGGUGGGCCAAACAUUUUGUGGAAGCUCUUAGUUCAAUGAACAAUGUCGGGGCCGUCGGCCCGGCGUGCCAGCAGGGGAAUCGACGUAUUUUAACGCACGAUUUCACGCACCGAACCCAUAUGGAGAUUUUUGGCGGGCAGUACUACCCGCCGCAGCUCUCGGACUGGUGGAUGGACGACUGGAUUAGUAGAGUGUAUGGGCCGCGGCGGACGCUGCGCGGCGAUUCGGUGGAGGUGAUCCACCACACGGGCAAGCACGGCCAGCGCUACCAAGUGGAUCGAAGUCAUGCGAACUUGCUGCACGGCCUGCUGCAGAAAGGUGCCGCUCAGAUAGAACGGCACCUCGCGGAGGCGACUACCGAUAACGUGGUGCGGGAGCCGCCCGACGGCUUCUCGCGCUUCGCGUUCAACAACCGGCCCGGCGGCGCGCGGGGGGUGCGGCGCUCUGUGGGGCCCGGGCGGCGGGGCGGGGCGCGCGUGUUUAGCGGAUAA